AUGCCUUGUGAAUCUGAUCUGAUAGAUCUGACGGGUUUGAUAGGUUAUCCUCUGGCAGCAGCCAUGGCAGUCGCUCUCGGAAUCUGCGGAAUGCAAUUGAUUCGCAAUAUUAGCGGCAACCCUGAAGUCAGAGUGACUAAGGAAAACAGAGCUGCUGGUAUAUUGGAUAACUUUGUGGAAGGUGAAAAAUAUGCAGAGCAUAGAUUGAGGAAGUUUGUUCGCAACAAGUCUCCUGAGAUCAUGCCAUCUGUCAAUUCUUUCUUCACAGAUCCAAAAUGAAGCAAAUUUAAUGUUGUGUGUGGCAUCGCAAGUCUUUGAUUUUGGAUUCAUUGUUAUGAUUUAAUCAGGGAAAAUGUUUUGAACCUUAAUGGAAUUGGUGAUAUGGUUUAUUUUUCUCUAAAUAAUACAAACUCUGUCUAAAUGCUUGAAACAUGACUUUCUUUUGACUUAACUUGGAACGAAUGGCC